UGUCCUCAGCAAUUAAUGCCAGAUUGCGAGCACCUUCUCACUCUUCCUCACCACCCACUGUUACAUGAAAGCUACUGAGCUUGUAGCAACUAACUUCCCACAAUUUAUAUACCAAACCACAGGAUAUUCAAACCACAUUUAUCAUUUAACAGCAGAAACUUUACAAGUCCAAGAAAAGAGAUUAAAAAAAAAAACAGUUUUUUACUCGCAAAUUUUCAAAUCAUAAUGGUAAACCCUCUUUCAAAUACCAGUCUUUCCUCUUCUCUUCAUCCUUGGUGUUGACUGACCAUUGCUAUUAGCUAAAUUCUGUUUUUUUAGCUCUUGAAAAUCAGGAUUUCUUAUUCUCUGCCUUGGGAAUAUUGCACAUCUCAAGAGGGGUGAAUUGAACCCCGGUUUAUGGUACCAAAAAUUGACCUUUUGAUCUGUUUGGUUCCAUUUUACAUUCUUCUUGCAAGAUUGUUGCUUUGGAGUGAAAAGUAGCUUCAUGGUGUAUGAGCUUCUAGCCCUUUUUACAUCUGAGUUUACUUCAGCGGCCUUGUCCCCGAUGCAAGAUUUAUUGUGCUUAAAGGGGUGAAUCUUGAUAAUUUUUCAUCUGGGAAUUUCUCAAAGUGAUGCAGAUUGAAGUUUUCUUGAAUAAUGGCUGCUUUGGUACCUGGAGUAUUAUUGAAGCUUCUGCAGCAUAUGAAUACAGAUGUAAAGAUUGCUGGUGAGCACAGGUCAUCUUUGUUGCAAGUGGUGAGCAUUGUGCCUGCACUAGCAGGCGGUGAGCUCUUCCCCAAUCGGGGGUUUUAUUUAAAGGUAUCAGAUUCUUCCCAUGCCACUUAUGUAUCUUUACCUGAUGAGCAGCAUGAUCUUAUUCUUAGUGAUAAGAUUCAAUUAGGCCAGUUUUUACAUGUUGAGAGGCUUGAAGCAGCGUCUCCGGUGCCUAUUCUCCGGGGUGUUAGGUUAAUCCCUGGGAGACACCCUUGUUUGGGAAGCCCUGAAGAUAUAGUUGCAACUCAUUCUUUAGGUUUCCUUAAUAAUAAUGGUGAUUUAUCUUCGGACUCGAAAUCAGUAGAUAAGGGUAAAUCACAGACAAAAGAAUUAAGGAAUGAGCAUACUGGGGUGAAGGACAUCAAGUCUACACCCGUGAGAUCAAAUGGAAGUACUAAAGAGGACAAUCAUGAAAAUAAAGCUACCCCUAAAUUGGUUCGAUCUAAAUCUCAAUUGUCAAAGCUGAAUGUGAAUUUAGUGGAGAAGAAAGAUUUUUUGGGGAAAUCAAAGUCUUCAAGUUCAAGGUCAAUACCAUCAUCUCCAACAAGUUGUUAUUCGUUGCCGACUUCUUUUGAGAAGUUUGCUAAUGGAGUUAAGCAGCAGGCAAAGAUAAAGGGGUUGGACAGGUUGGAGAAGGCUACUGCUAAAGUUGGGUUACGGGAAAAGGUCAGUCCUGUUCGCACGGCUAGUUCAUCCGUGAAACAAGCUCCAUCUGGAAGUUUGGGUAGGAAUGCAAUUCAGGGUAUUGAGCUGGGGCCCAAGGCCUUGAGAAAGAGCUGGGAAGGAAAUAUGGAGGUGAGGAGUAGAGAAAGUCCAAGAAUGAAAGCCAUCAAACAGGAUUUGAAGCCAGAAGCUCGGAGUACUUCAGCUCCAAGAAAAUUUGUUAGCGAAAGAUUACCAUAUAAAGAGGAGCAGAAAGUGAUAUCAUCAAAACCAUCAAAACUGGAAAAUAAUACUCAUUCAUCUGCAAAAAAGGCCCCUGCAAAUGGGGAUAUGGUUGAUAUUGACAAGUCAACCAGGCCGAAGAGUUCUGUUGCAAAGAAACUACCGGGGGAUGCUGCUGCUCUUGGAUUAGGUGGAAACUUCGUAAAGGUUUCUCUAACUAACAGAAGAUUUACAGAUGGAAGUGUCUCAUGGACUUCGCUACCUCCAUCAAUAGCAAAACUUGGGAAGGAAAUAUUGAAGCACAGAGAUUCUGCACAAGCAGCUGCAAUUGAGGCAGUGCAAGAAGCUUCAGCUGCAGAAAGCUUGCUCCGAUGUAUAAGUGCAUAUUCUGAGUUGCGUUCCUCUGCUAAAGAAGAGAGCCCUCAACCAGCAGUGGAGCAAUUUUUGACUUUGCAUGCAAGUUUGAAUAAUGCUCGCCUGGUUGCUGAUGCUCUAUCAAAAACCAUGGUAGCUGGUUCAUCUUCAGAUAACGAAGAAAAUCCCUCUGAAGAAGCGCUAAAGGUAGCAUCUGACAGACGAAAACAAGCAACAUCUUGGGUCCAUGCUGCAUUAGCUACAAAUUUGUCGUCCUUCACAGUAUGUAGCAAACAAGGCACUUUAAGUCCAAUUUCUGCUUCACAUUCAGCUCCGAGUUCAAAAACUACAGCUGCAAGCCAACCAAUUUUAGUUCUUGAAAACUCUACAAAGAGUGCAGCCAUUAAGAACCAAAUUAAACCCCGCCAGACAGCAGUGUCUAAGAUUUUCCAAUCAGGAAUGCCACGCCGUUUGUCAGAUGGGCCGGUUGCAAGUCAGAAGGCAAGAGCUUCUUCGCCUCCAAGGGAAUGGCUCAAGGGAGAUGGGCUUGAUGAGGCUGUAGACUUGGCUGACAUGUUGAAGAUGGAGUCUCAAGAAUGGUUCUUAGGAUUUGUUGAAAGGUUUCUGGAUGCAGAUGUUGAUACUUCAACUCUAUCGGAUAAUGGUCAAAUUGCCGGCAUGUUAACUCAGCUUAAGAGUGUGAAUGACUGGUUGGAUGAGAUUGGUGCUAGCAAGGAUGAAGAAGAGACACCCAAAAUCCCCUCUCAGACGAUUGACAGAAUAAGAAAGAAGAUAUACGAGUAUCUUCUAACUCACGUGGAAUCUGCGGCUGCAGCACUUGGUGGUGGCUCACAAUCAUCACCAACAGUUCAAGACAAACUAAAGAGAUAAUUUCCCUCUACAGGUUUCGGUCACUGUUGCACAAGAAAGAAGCAUGUAGAUUGAUAUUUUACUACACAUUAAUCUCAGAAACAGGUCAGGGCCCUUUGACUGCAAAGUGGUUAGAGGAGUUCAUCUACCCUAUUCAUUGUACAUAAUUCCUACAGUGGAUUCAGAUAUAGUUUGAAAUCUCUGUAACGGGGAAAGAAUAUUGUCGUGCAGUUCGAGAUAUUCUUGUCAUUUUCCAAAUUUUGAAGAUGAUGUUCAAGAACUCUUGAAGAUAUACCAGUGGAAGUGUAGCGAAACAACAUUCUAUUUUCCAAAGAGUGUGGUACUUUUGAUGC